GCAUCUUCGAUUCGCAUUUGAGAGCCUGCUUGCCGCCAACUGACUGCUUCCAACUCUGUCAACGAGAACGUCCACCUCGCUCCCAACAUGAUCGACCCAGAGCUUUCAGAAUUCUACGAGAAGUUGUAUGACAGGCCAUUGAGUGAGCCGAAAGACGAACAGGAUGUUAAGAAUAUCCUCACUUGCAUUAGAGCUGGGCACGGAGACCUCGAUGAUGAAGAUGAUGAUCAACUGCGGAAAGCGGGCUCGGAAAUCUUCCGGAAGAAGAUUACUAUGAUGGCAAGCAAGUCACGCAAGGUGUUGGCUCAAUUCACCAAGAUGAUCUCCAACCAGCUUUAUGACGACCCAUUUCGGUUCUUCUAUGAACUCCUCCAGAAUGCGGAUGACGCCCGGUACCUCCGGUGUGGCGAUACACCCACCAUUUGUUUUACCAUCUCUCAAAGAGAGCUCAUUGUCGACCUCAACGAAGACGGCUUCUCCUUGUCGGAUGUGCUAGCAAUUUGUAGCACUGGUCAAAGUUCUAAGACACAUGAUCAAAACUCUACUGGAGAAAAGGGAUUUGGUUUCAAAUCUGUCUUUGGAGUGGCAGACCAAGUGCACAUUACCUCGGGAUUGUGGUCUUUUCGCUUCAGGCAUCAACGGGAGGAGGAUGGAAUCGGCAUGAUUCAGCCCUUCUGGGAGCCUGGCGAGCAACUGCCAGAGAAUGUUCGCACCAGAUUCCGCCUUCAACUUUCGUUCUGCGAAAAUGACGGACUGGAAACUCUUUGCGCCCAGAUGAGAUCUUUGCACCCAAGUAUUAUCUUUGCUUUGCGCAAAAUCAAGAAGCUUUCCGUGUGCUUCGACAUUCCUGGAGCCGAAAAUGGGACGGUCUCUUUCGAAAAGUCUGUCGAUGUGGACCGAAACAUUAUGACGAUCGUUUCACGAGAGGCUGCGAAAGCCACGGAAUACUUCUACCGAAUCCUCGACGGCCAAGCGACGGACAUGCCCCGAAACAUCGAACGCACCCAGACUACCUCUAAUAUCAGAAUUGGUCUCCCAAUCUCGGCUCCAAAUGAUGGCUCCCCGCUCCUUCAUGAAGAAGGUCAAUUUGUCUUUGCAUUUCUGCCUAUUGUGCAGAUAAAAGAGCUACCUUUUUUGGUACACGCAGACUUCAUCCUGACUGGCAGUAGGCAAGCCAUUUCGGACAACUCCUGGAACAAAGCGUUAAGGAACAAGAUUGCGGUCCUAUUCUGCACGCUCGCAAAGAGAUUGGUUCUUGAAAAAAGAAUGCUGUCUUAUGAGUGGCUUGCCUAUAUUCCACUUAGACCCAUGGUUGGAUUUUUGCAGCCUCUAUCGGCUUCAAUACGGCAGAUAUUGAAGGAGGAAGAGUCGUUCUUCUCGAUGGAUGGUUCCUUACACAAGCCGAGCCGACUCCGCAUACUGACAUCCGAUUUCACCCAUCAGUCUGAAGCCCUCAUGUCAGAUUCCAGACAAGCCUGGGCCUUUUUAUCAAAAGAAUACAAAACAUCCAAUCAUGCUGCGUUGCUUGACCUUGGCACUUCAAGGCUGAACUUCAACGACGCUUUCGACCUGAUUGAAGAUGACCUCCAAAGUAAUGACUCGCGUUUACGCUCUCGGCCACUACAUGAUGCCUGGCAUGACACAUUCACGACAUUCAUCAACAAAGGGCUAGCCCUCGGCAAUGUAGGCUACAGGAAAAGGAUUCAUGAUAUGCCUAUCAUCCCUGUCAGGGUUGGUGGAGCGCUGGAAUGGCACCGCGCCGGUCCAAACAUCUUCUUCCCCCACGUGGUCAACGAAGGCACUGGUCCUGAAUGUAUCCUCCUCGAGAUGCCCACUGACGUUGAUCUUGUCGUCCUUCAACCAGAAGCAGCUACAGCGCCCAAACGACAUGAGACGUAUCUAGCCCUAGGAGUCCGACAGGCCUCUUCUGUCAAGAUCUGCACUGCUAUCACCGAAAGAAUGACAAAGUCUGGGACUAGGUAUAUCUCUGACUUACUGCGUUCGUUGGAACUCUUGUUUUGGUUUUCGUACCCUUUGAAUGUUCGAGACGAGCUCAAGGCCUCGACUUCUGGAGGGAUCUAUGGAUCAACAAAAUUGUUGUUUAUGCGUUCACGUGAGCAAUACCACGCAGAGUGUCUGGUACGCCUCGAUGAAAAUCCAAACUAUGGCGAGCACUUUUUGAACCAAAUUUAUCAGUCUUCCAAGGUCGCAACUAGAUCCCGUGGCGGUAAGACCUGGGAGCAGUGGCUGGUUGAAAUUGCCGGUGUACGUUGGUAUCCACCUCUUCAAGAUCCCUCAAGUCGCGAGAAGUUACACUGGAUACUUGAUGUCGUUCACGGCCGGGAUUCAAUUCUGUUCUUAUCUGUGAUCCAAACUUAUUGGGCGCAAGAGUACAGCGGUACGUGUCGGUUCAACUCAAAACUGGACGAAGUGCUCCGGAAGCGCCAUGUGCUUUGUAAACACGGUGGGACUGAAGAGCUUUCCAAAAGCUGGUUUCCAACUCGAGACAUUCUGUCCGUGGCGCGGAAAUAUGGCGUGGAAAACCGACUCCCAAUACUGUCAUUACCUGAUCCUCAGGAACAUUUGAUCUCCGAAUGGCCAGCCUUAAGAGACUUGGGUGUACGUUACAGCCUUGACUUGUGGUUUUAUCGCCGAGCGAUUUCACUACUCUCUGCCACAGGGCAGCCACCGACAGUCGGGCCAAUGAAGCUGGGACAGCUUUACAAAGAGAUGGCUAAUCUAGCAACUCUAGAGGAUCGAAAGACUAUUCAGGACGAUUUCAAGAACCACCCUCUUAUUUGGGAUCCCACCGGUAAUGUGUGGCGGACCAUCGAUCAAUGUGUAUGGGAAAGCCACAUUGUCCUCCAUCGCAAGUUCGUGAUAACUUCGGCAUAUGAGAAGGACACGGUCUCCGGCCUAUUCGAAACCCAUCUCCAAGUCCCAAGCGUAUCGGUGGAAUGCUUGAUCGAGGAGCUUGAGUAUUUGAGGGACUCACAUGGGCAUGAGACUAAUGAGGAGUUGCAAACCACUGUUUCAAAAGUGUAUAACCAUCUCGCUCACAUGAGUGCCACUCUGGAGCAGGGGCAGACCAUCAGGCGUUCAUUCAAGGAAAAGAAUCUGAUCUAUAAUCCUCGCAACAAUGACUGGCUGCAAUCGAAAUUUUGCGUUUGGCAUUCCACCAUGGAUAUCAGCAACCACGUUCCAAUUGCCGCCACGUAUUCAGAGUUACAAGAGUUCUUUGUAGGAGUCCUUGGGGUCCAGACAGUCACUCUAACGUUUAUGAUGAAACAGCUCGCCACAGCUGCUAAGAGUAACACAAAGACGGUCGACGGCAUCCAAAAGCUUAUGCUGGCUGUUUCGGAAUUGCUGGAUAGGGGCAGUAAUGGAUCGCAAUUCAGGAGCAGCAUGGAAGUACUCGACGAAUGCGCCUACUUACCUUGUAGAUCCAUCUCCGGGGCUACCGAAUUCCGUUCGAAGUCACAAACAUUCUUCAUUGUUGACGACGAAAUGUACGCUCGUGCGUUUAAAGACAAGCUGGUUAUGCUUGACUUCACCUAUGAGCAGGUGAACUCGUUGCACGAUCUGAUUCGUCUUCUGGGUCUGGACAACCACUACCUCGCACGACAUGUGCAAUUGAAGACCUCGGCGCUUGUUUCGACGCCGAGCUAUACCCUCAUGGCUCGGUUUCAUGAAUGUGCCUAUCCUAUUUCAUGUUGCGCCAUAGCGCACCGCAGUGCACUCUUCUCGAACCAGAGCAGACUCCUAUAUGACGCCCUGGCAAAUGCGGUCAUUCACACCUCCUCUGAGAUGUUGACCUGCCUUGUCGUCACGCAAGACGGACAACCAGUCGAGGUCCCCACCUCCAGGCCUUCUCUCGUCUCAAACUACGAACACAAUAGGCUUGAAAUCACGCUUCCCGCCGAAGAAAGAGCAACUAGGCAGUGCAUGCGCUGGCAACUCCCAGGCUAUAUCGCGUCGGAGCUCCUCGACAUCUUUGACUCUAGGGCGGAGAAGCAAAUAUAUCGAAUUAUCAAUGAGCUGGACACCGGCACAGACGACAUCCUCCUUGAGGAGGGUAUCUCACGAGUGUCAUGGCUGCCAGAAACCUGCCGUCCAGCACCUAUACCAGUACCUGCACCAGCACCUAUAGCCUCGCAGACCUCAGACUUGGCUGAUGACGAACCAAACGUUGUCGUGAGCCCUAUUCACGGGAGCCACCGACAGCCAUAUCGAGCUCUACCGGUAGAGAUCCAGCAUGAGAUCGAUGCUCCGGAUUACUGGAAGGUGAUCGAGCAUGUCCACAGACAAGCGUCGAAAAGCGGAAACACGCUUCAUCGGCGCAAUGACGAGGCUGGUAGCUUUGACGACUUGGCCGCAGAUUUGGCCGGUCUUGUGCUUGACCACCCGGUUCUCGACCCUAACGACUGUCCAAACCUGUUUGGUAAUGAUUGGCUCAGCAAUUUCCGAUUGGGCGCGGCCGGUGAGCUCUUUGUGUACGAAAUGCUCAAACACAUGCUGGGCGAUGAGUUCGGACUGCAGAAUUGGCAGAGCAACAUCAGAUACCUUGUGCAAGCACACGAAUCCUACCGACACGUAACCCGGCGCAGUGGACCAGAGACGGCGGAUAUUGUGUUCUGCCACCAGGGCAAGAGUGUCGAAUUUCAAUUCUUAGACUCGUGGACCACGGUGAGCGAUGUAUUCCAGGACUGGUAUCCUCCGUGGUACCGAGAUUCAGACAACCUGUCACAGACACCGCUGGAAUGGCUCUUCGAGGUCAAGACCACCCUCGGACCAUGUGAGACUGAGUUCUAUAUGAGCCCGAAUCAAUAUGACUUGAUGAGAGAACUUGGAACCCAAGAGGAAAGCGAGAGGACGAGGGUCUACUGUAUCGUCCGCGUGUACAACCUGCUCAGCGACAAAAUCGGCGUCAGAAUCUAUAUCGAUCCCUGGCGUUUCAGGGAGGGACGACUGGAAUUCGGUACGACAGACAAGUGGAAAGUGAAGCCGGUGGAUUGGAGAUGAUGGGUUUCCUCUGUCUAGGCCG